AUGAUUCCAAAUUACUCUACUGAAGAAACUGUUAAAAGAAUCCACGUGGACUGUCCUGUUUCAGGACGGCACAGCUACAUCUACAUUAUGGUUCCAACCGUUUACAGCAUCAUCUUUAUCAUAGGUAUAUUCGGGAACAGCCUGGUCGUCAUUGUCAUUUACUGCUACAUGAAAUUAAAAACCGUAGCCAGCAUCUUUCUCCUCAACCUGGCCCUGGCCGACUUGUGUUUUCUAAUAACUCUGCCCCUCUGGGCAGCCUACACGGCCAUGGAGUACCAGUGGCCUUUUGGCAACUGUCUGUGCAAGCUGGCCUCGGCGGGGAUCAGCUUCAACCUGUACGCCAGCGUGUUCCUGCUGACGUGCCUGAGCAUCGACCGCUACCUGGCCAUCGUGCACCCGGUGCAGUCGCGCAUCCGCCGCACGGUGUCCGUGGCCCGCGGCACCUGCGUGGCCAUCUGGCUGCUGGCCGGCGUGGCCAGCCUGCCCGUCAUCAUCCACCGCAACAUCUUCUUCGCCGAGAACCUCAACAUGACGGUCUGCGGCUUCCGCUACGAGAGCAACAACACCACGCUCCGGGUCGGGCUAGGCCUGUCCAAAAAUCUGCUGGGCUUUUUAGUUCCUUUUCUGAUCAUCUUAACGAGCUACACCUUAAUUUGGAAGACGCUGAAGAAGGCAUAUCAAAUUCAAAAAAAUAAGACUAGAAAUGAUGAUAUCUUCAAGAUGAUUGUAGCAAUUGUGUUUUUCUUUUUCUUCUCCUGGAUUCCUCAUCAAGUGUUCACUUUUCUGGAUGUGUUGAUUCAAUUACACGUAAUAACAGAUUGCAAAAUCACCGAUAUAGUGGAUACAGCUAUGCCCUUCACCAUUUGUAUUGCUUACUUUAACAACUGUCUGAAUCCCUUUUUUUAUGUUUUUUUUGGAAAAAACUUUAAAAAAUACUUCCUUCAGCUAAUAAAAUACAUCCCGCCAAACGUCAGCACACAUCCAAGCCUCACAACCAAAAUGAGCUCCCUCUCCUAUCGGCCACCAGAAAAUAUCCGCUUGCACACCAAAAAGACUGCUGGGCCCUUCGACACUGAUUGAGGCAUUGCACAAAGUUCUUCUUUUGAACAACCUCGUGUGUGAAGCACCAAGAACAACAAGAUUCAUCUGCGGUCCUGAACAUCACAGCUCAU